ACACACCAUCACAGAGGGUACACUUUAUCCUGGGUACUGAGGAUGAUGAUGAAGAACACAUCCCCCAUGAUCUGUUUACGGAAAUGGAUGAACUUUGUUUUAGAGAAGGGGAAGAAUAUGAAUGGAAAGAAACUGCCAGAUGGCUGAAAUUUGAAGAAGAUGUUGAAGAUGGUGGUGAUAGGUGGAGCAAACCCUACGUGGCUACUCUGUCUCUCCAUAGUCUAUUUGAACUGAGGAGCUGUAUUCUAAAUGGGACAGUCAUGUUGGACAUGAGAGCCAGUACACUAGAUGAAAUAGCAGAUAUGGUGUUGGAUAACAUGAUAGCUUCUGGUCAACUGGAUGGAUCUACAAGGGAGAGUGUCAGAGAAGCUCUUCUGAAGAGGCACCAUCAUCAGAAUGAAAAAAAAUUCAGUAAUCGGAUCCCCCUGGUGCGGUCCUUUGCAGAUAUAGGCAAGAAACAUUCUGACCCUCUCUUGCUUGAAAGAAAUGGACUCUUAGCAUCACCACAGUCAGCUCCUGGUAAUUUGGAUACUGGAAAAAGUGGAGAUAUUAAAAGCAGUGGAACAGGAGGAAGCAGAGAAAACAGCACUGUUGAUUUCAGCAAGGAGUCAGCCUCCUGGCACUGUAGUUGUGGCACACUUGGUGUGGGACUCAAGCGGCCAGCUGUCGACAUGAAUUUCAUGAGGAAGAUUCCCAUGGGUGCAGAGGCAUCAAAUGUGUUGGUGGGCGAAGUGGAUUUUUUGGAGAGACCUAUUAUUGCUUUUGUGAGGCUGUCGCCUGCUGUGCUUCUCUCAGGCCUUACAGAGGUUCCCGUUCCUACUCGAUUCCUUUUUAUUUUGUUGGGUCCAGCAGGCAAAGCGCCUCAAUACCAUGAAAUUGGCCGAUCAAUAGCAACGCUUAUGACUGAUGAUGUUUUCCAUGAUGUUGCUUAUAAAGCUAAAGACCGAAAUGAUCUGCUCUCUGGAAUUGAUGAGUUUUUAGAUCAAGUGACUGUUUUGCCCCCAGGAGAGUGGGAUCCAUCUAUACGAAUUGAACCACCUAAAAGCGUUCCUUCUCAGGAAAAAAGGAAGAUACCUAAAUUUCCAAAUGGAGCUGUUACUCCUGGAGAGCCUCUCAAAGAAGAAGCCCAUCAUGCUGGACCUGAAUUACAAAGGACUGGAAGGCUUUUUGGUGGUUUGAUACUUGACAUCAAAAGGAAAGCACCUUUUUUCUUGAGUGACUUCAAGGAUGCAUUAAGUCUUCAGUGCCUGGCCUCGAUUCUUUUCCUAUACUGUGCCUGUAUGUCUCCUGUAAUCACUUUUGGAGGGCUCCUUGGAGAAGCUACAGAAAACAGAAUAAGUGCAAUAGAAUCUUUAUUUGGAGCAUCAUUAACUGGGAUUGCCUAUUCACUGUUCGCUGGGCAACCUUUGACAAUAUUGGGGAGCACUGGACCUGUUUUAGUAUUUGAAAAAAUCUUAUAUAAAUUUUGCAAGGAUUACGAACUUUCUUACCUGUCUCUAAGAACCAGCAUUGGUCUGUGGACAUCGUUUUUAUGUAUACUGUUAGUAGCAACUGAUGCAAGCAGCCUUGUGUGUUAUAUCACUCGAUUUACCGAGGAGGCUUUUGCUGCUCUUAUUUGCAUAAUAUUUAUAUAUGAAGCACUGGAAAAGCUUUUUCACUUGAGAGACGUGUUUUCUUUCAAUAUGCACAAUAAGCUGGAUAGGUUGACACUAUAUUCAUGUGUAUGUUCAGAGCCACCGAAUCCCAGCAAUGAAACACUGGAACUAUGGAUGAAGCAUAACAAAUCUGCCGAUACUAUAUCAUGGGCUAACCUUACAGUUAGUGAAUGCAAGACCUAUCAGGGUGUGUUUCAUGGAUCAGCAUGUGGUCAUCAUGGCCCAUAUUUCCCAGAUGUUCUUUUUUGGUGUGUCAUUUUAUUUUUUACAACAUUUUUCCUCUCCUCUUUCCUCAAGCAAUUUAAGACCAAGCGCUAUUUUCCCACUAAGGUGCGUUCUACAAUAAGUGACUUUGCUGUAUUUUUGACUAUAGUAAUAAUGGUUCUUAUUGAUUACCUUGUGGGAGUUCCUUCUCCUAAACUUCAUGUGCCUGAAAAAUUUGAGCCCACACGAAGUGAUCGGGGAUGGCUCAUAGAUCCUCUAGGGCCUAAUCCUUGGUGGACACUCAUAGUAGCUGCAGUUCCUGCUUUACUCUGUACCAUUCUGAUUUUUAUGGACCAGCAAAUUACAGCAGUCAUCAUAAACAGAAAGGAACAUAAGCUGAAGAAAGGCUGUGGCUAUCAUCUUGAUCUGCUCAUGGUUGGCGUUAUGCUAGGAAUAUGCUCCAUAAUGGGCUUGCCUUGGUUUGUGGCUGCUACUGUUCUUUCUAUAAGUCACGUCAACAGUUUAAAAGUAGAAUCUGAGUGCUCUGCUCCAGGAGAGCAGCCGAAGUUUCUCGGAAUCCGUGAGCAGAGAGUAACGGGAUUAAUGAUUUUUGUUCUAAUGGGGAUGUCAGUGUUCAUGACCUCUAUAUUAAAGUUUAUUCCAAUGCCAGUCUUGUAUGGUGUUUUUCUUUACAUGGGAGCAUCCUCACUAAAAGGCAUCCAGUUUUUUGAUCGUAUCAAAUUAUUUGGAAUGCCUGCCAAACAUCAGCCAGAUUUGAUCUAUCUGCGUUACGUGCCUCUCUGGAAGGUCCAUAUAUUUACAGUAGUUCAGCUUACUUGUCUUGUUCUUCUGUGGGUAAUUAAAGCUUCUGCAGCUGCUGUUGUUUUUCCUAUGAUGGUAUUAGCUCUGGUUUUCAUACGCAAACUUUUGGAUUUGUGUUUCACCAAACGGGAGCUAAGUUGGCUUGAUGAUCUUAUGCCAGAAAGUAAAAAGAAGAAGGAAGAUGACAAAAAGAAAAAAGCAAAAGAAGAAGCUGAGCGAAUGUUUCAGACAGUGGACAGUGAAACUGUACACCUUCCAUAUGAAAGAAGCGAUGUGUUAGAGAUUCCUGUGAAAGCACUAAAAUACAGCGUUGAUCCUUCUGUUGUAAACAUAUCAGAUGAAAUGGCCAAAACUGCACAGUGGAAGGCUCUUUCCAUGAACACAGAGAAUUCCAAAGUAACCAGAUCUAACUUGAGCUCUGAAAAAGAAGAAUGUGUGAAAAUAGACACGGAAAAGGCAUCUGAAACAAAGUAUGUAGAUGCUGAAACCUCAGUAUAGAAGUGAACUUGAGGGUAUAUCAUUUUAUAGGAUAUAAUGUUAA